CUCAUGCACCCUUUCAUAUUUGCCAAAAGCGUACCUGUGGUCGGACACAUCCUUUUGUCAUCAGCUAAAGUGGUCCCUCAUCUGCAGCGAGUAAGGAAACAAAUAGGACAAUACACUAAUUCGCCAUGAUGAAGAUUCCAAAGGAUUUUACCCUUGCAUUGUUUGUGCUUCUGUGGAAUACAGUUGUCAUUGAGAGCAAAGGGAAGCUGGCUGUACAGUUGGUGGACUUUCACAACAAGCAGGGACUUGACAUUAACGGUCAAUGUUGUGAUGGGGUCAAUAUACCUAUGUGUCCAUUGGAACAAUGUGACCACCACUUCACUGUCUGUGCUGGAGAACACCCCAGUACGAGUUUAACAGGAGGCGGAUGUCAGUUUGGGAGAGAAGAUUUUAAUGCCCAUGAUAACGAGAAUGAAAUCUCUUUUACUGCUGGCAAAGCAUCUUUGUUCAGUUUUGAUACAUGGACGGUAAAGGUGUACUGUGAUCCUCAUUACUAUGGCGAUGACUGCUCCAUCAACUGUGUGGCAGACAAUGCAUGUAACGGCCAUUACACAUGUGACAACAAGGGACGCAAGGUGUGCAACGCUGGCUGGAAGGGAGACAACUGUGAGGUCACAAUACAAGGAGGCCCAGCAGACUGCAGUGUAUAUCAAGACAGGACAGAGUUUGUACCCAGUGUAUGGGAAGGUCAGUACCGAUGUCCCGGGGAAACAUCACAGAGCUUUGUACUUAACGUGACUCACUCAAAUGGCCUUAUCACUACAGUAGGGGAUAUCACAAUCCAAUCAUUUGUCAUUCCACUCUCUGGAACGUGUGCCAGUUCUUUCAAAAUACUGACCCUUCAAGGCCAAACGUUGGUGCCGAAGUACAUAGGAGGGAGGGACCUCACAACGUUGGAGCUUAAUAUGCAAGAGAAAGAUCAUGAGGCUAUAGAAAUGAAGGGCGACGUGUUGAUAGACGGAGAAAAAUGUCCAGUCCUUAAUCUUACACGCACUAAGGCUUUUUUUGAUGGCUGUUACAUACAGAACACUUGUGUGAGAUAUGGCAUUCAGAAGGCCCAGUUCUACUGCUGUAAUAAUAAUGGACUAGCGUACGGACACCAUUUCUACUCCACAUCUACAGGUAAUUUCUUAUUAUUUAAAACCUGGCUAUGUCUAAAAUAAUAAUUUUGAAUUGUUUGUCAGGUUCUCAUUUUAGAUAUUUGGUCUAAUUGUUUUCCUAUGUAGAAUUCAAGCUAUAUUGUUUAAGCAUUCAUAACAUAUUAAUCUAAAGAUGGACACCUCUUCGCGAACGAAUCAUUAUAUUUCUCGAUCGCGAAUUCUGAUUAUUACAAAUCUGACCGAAUUCGUCAGGUAACGAUCCGAUACGAUAUUUGUGUGAGUGUUAAGAGAUUUGUACAGCUCAACUGAAAUUUAAGGUGAGUGUAACCAAAGAGUCCACAACGAAACCGAAAUUUAAGGUGAGUGUAAAAGUGUAAAAAAAACGAUGACAACUAAACUGAUUACGAGUCGAGUGUAACUUUAUAGAUGUUACAUGUAUAACUCUUACUAUCUGAUACGUAUUAUUCUGUGAGAUAAGACUUUUUAUUAUUAACUAAUAAUCAUGUUUAUUAUGCAACACAUUAAAUCGAUCAUAAGUAAAUAUAUAUAUAUAUAUAUCAUACCAUAAAAGGAGCGGAUCGCUCCGAAA